CGCUGCGUGGCGCAAAGGCCCUUGCCUUGAUCCGCUGGUGAUCGUGCAUUGUGCGACGGCAACGAUUUAAGAAUGACACUAUCUACCGAUUUCGGUUUUUUCGGUUUGGCAACACUGCUGUCGAUGUCAUCCUAACCUCAACCAUUGUUUACUCCUAAUUCCUAAUCAAAACAACUGUCUAUACUCUUUACAGAAAGGCUUUAUCUAAAAAUUCAUAAUAAAUGUUACCAGGUAUAGGGGUUUUUGGGACAUCUCCAAUUGUGAGAGUAUUAGUACCCAUUCUUCGAGAGAAUGGGUUUCGAAUCGAAGCAAUAUGGAGUCAAACUAUUCAAGAUGCAGAGGAACUUGCUAAAGAACUCAAAAUACCGUUUGUUACUAACAAGAUAGACGACGUUUUAUUAAAGAAAGAUGUAGACUUAAUUUUUGUACUUUGCCCACCAAUCUUACACGCACAGAUCUCCGUCAAAGCCUUAGGAAUUGGUAAACACGUAGUUUGUGAUAAACCAGCUGGACUAACGCAAGCAGAUGCUUUGAAAAUGGUCAGAGCUGGCCAGUACUAUCCAUCUCUUAUAUCUCUCAUCAACCAUUCAUUUAGAUUUUUGCCUGCAUUUGUACAUAUGAAAAAAGCACUCAAAGAAAACUAUUUAGGCUCACCAAUAACAUUAAUAGAUAUCCGCAUACAAAGUGGUUGCCUUUUCUCAGAAGCUCAUACUUUUGAUUGGAGAUGUGAUGACAGCAUGGGUGGAGGCACAUUGAACUUGAUUGGCAGUCAUGUUAUUGACCUCAUAACAUUUCUAACUGGACAGAAGGCAAUUAAAGUCCAUGGACUAAUAAGGACUUUCACUAAAAACACAGAAGGCAUAAAUGGAAUCAGAAGCAUAUCUGCACCAGACUUUUGUACCUUUCAGAUGGAAUUGCAGAAUGGAAUUCUAGUAACUGCUACAUUGAAUAGUCAUACAGGAGGUAGUACUUUUCACCAAGAAGUGAUGAUAUGUAGCAGUUCUGGGCACCUUGUGGUGAGAGGUGGUGACCUAUUUGGUAGGAGAAAUAAAGGAAAUGAAGAGGUGAUAUAUCUUGAUGUUGAAGACUUGCAAUGUCCUGUACCUAACAGCACUUUGCCCAAGAUUUUUAUCAAAGGAGUCUGUAAAAUGGUAUCUGGUAAGAUAUAAUUGAACAUAGGCCUCUCACCUGUAUUGAGAAAUUAGACACUUCAUACAAGCUUACUUGUCUAAGAGAAGCAUUCUUACCUAACCAUAAACAGAGUGGCUGGAAUAAAGAACCAGUAUCAUCUGCAGCAAAUUUUGAGGAUGGCUUGUAUGUCCAGGCAGUACUUAGUGCAAUAAGACAUUCAUCAAAAACCAGACAAUGGGUGAAAGUGAAAAUUCUUACUGAGCAACCUGAUACAAAUGAGUUGUUAAGUGCUGUUGUGAGACGAACUGCUAUUACAAUAUCAUAAUUACUUACAUUCCUAAGUAUUCAGUUAUUAUAUUUAUUAUUGUUAUGAAGUAGUACCACAUACAAUUAUUUAUAUGAUAUUAUUUUACAAUUUAAAAACUAAUAAAGAUUUG